AAAACCUUCCGUUGGACGCCGCCGCGAGUUCUCGGCCUCGGUACGGCAGUACCACCGCCUCGACGCCGUCGGAUAGGAGCCGCCGGCAUCCGGUCUCGGUGCGGGGAGGUCGGCCUUCAGUCUCCGGAUCCCGUCCAGCCCUCCUCGACCUGGGCUGUCCGCGAAGCCAAGCCGAGCCCGGAGGAUAAGGCACAAGCUCGGAUGCCUCGCGCGGUGUCGCGGUCGCCUCCGCCCUUCCGACGGCGGCGCUCCCCUUCUCCGCGGUACACCAGCCGUAGGAACAGACGAGAUCGCAGCCGCUCCCCCUACUCCUCCCGGCGAAAAACUCGGUCUCCUCCUCCACUAUGGGAUAAAAGCAACUCACCAACUUCGAGAAGGCAUAGAAGUCCACCAUCUCCAAGGAGACAUAGAAGACGAAGAAGUCGGAGUACUACAAGUUCAUUUGUAAAUAACUCAUGCAGUCCAAGUCACGGAUCAGAGCAAAUGAAUUUAUCUGAAAGACACAAGAUGGAAGAGGAAGAAAUGAAAAGGCGUCAAAAGGAAGCUGAAUUCAAGUUAUUGGAAGAGGAGCUGGCUAGAAGAGUCGAAGAAGCUAUAAGGAAAAAUGUUGAGGAACGUCUAAAUUCUGACAAGGUGAAACUUGACAUAAAACGCCGAAUUGAGGAGGGUAUUAGAAAGUUAUUUGAUGAGGUUGAUGCUCAGCUACAAAGAGAAAAAGAAGCAGCUCUUUAUGAAGCCAGGCAGAAAGCAGAGCAAGAAAGAAGAGAGAGGGAGGAGCUCGAUCGAAUGCUUGAAGAAAACAGGCGUAAAGUGGUGGAGGCUCAAAGAAAAGAAGCUCUCGAGCAGCAGCAGAAAGAGUUUGAGCGAUAUUUGGAGCUGGAAAGAAUACAAAAGCAAAGAGAAGAAGCUUUACGCAGAAAGAAAAUGGAAGAGGAAGAAGAGAGAGCUAAUGAGCUGAGAUUACUAGGGAAAAGCCGGCGUUGACCUGGUGCCAUCAUAUAAAAUUGAGCAGAUAACCUACUGCGGUGGCUGAUUAUGUCAAAACUCAAAUUCAAUGACUCAUUAGUUUGUGUUCAAUAGCUCCUUAGGUUAUGACUUGAGUGUUGACAUGAUCUUGUUCUAGCUUCUAUCUGGUGUACUUUAAUUUGUUUGCUAUGCCCUGGAUUGGUAUUCCUGAGAGAUUUUCUUAUGCAAAAUAAUUUGGAAUGUUCACUUCCCCUAAUGGGAGUGAUUCUUAAAUGUUUCGUACA